AAUGUCUCAUUGUGAUGCUUUUAACUACUGGGGUAAAGGCACAAAAGUGACCGUCUCAAGUGCAGCUCCCAAACCACCAACAGUUUAUAUGAUGUCUCAAUAUGAAUCUUCAUCUGAGUCCCUAAUUGUUGGCUGUCUGGCUUCUGGGUUUUCUCCUGCUGAAUCUGUCAGUUUCAAAUGGAUGGAGGGAAGAAAAGCCUUGACUGAUUUCAUCCAGUACCCUACAGUAACAACUGGAGGCAAGAUGUUGAAAGUCAGCCACAUAACUAUUAAUAAAAAUCAAAAUGAUAUUAGCUGUACUGCAGUACACCCAUCGAAAACUGUCAGUGAAACAUUCAUAAGAGUGAAACCACAAGAACCAACCCUGACUUUGGUUCCUGUUACCACUCAAAAAAGUACAUCUGUCAUGUGUGUUAUUGAGGAUUUCUACCCCGAGAAGCUCACUGGACAAUGGAAAGUAAAUAAUGACAACACAAUCCUAAAGCUGAAAAGAAAACAAAAUAAAGAUGGUCGUUACACAGCAUACAGUUUUUAUCAAGUCAGCAGUAAGACUUGGAAUACAAACACUUCAUAUUCCUGUGAGGUCACACAUCGCGGAAAACGGAUUAUUGAGGAGAAGAACUUUAAAGCUAAAUUCACACUGAUGCUGAAGCCACCCAUUGAGAGAGAACUAUUUGUCAAUAAUAAAGUUGUCUUGGAAGCUGUUGUUUCUGGAGAUGUACAAAAUACAGUGGAAGAAGCUUCAGUGUCAUGCACAGUGAAGAAUAUACCUGUAAACAGUGAGAACAUCACAAAAGGAAAUGUCUUUACUGACACUUCAAACUUGUGGAUAAGAAUCCACAAUGUCACCAUUGAUAAAAAUUCAUGGUUUGAUGGAGAAAUGGUCACCUGCACCGUCCGUGACACAAAUAAUAACAGAGACAUCAAGCAGGAGAUCCAUUUUGAUAAAGGAGCUAAAUUGACACUGAUGCUGAAGCCACCCAUUGAGAGAGAACUAUUUGUCAAUAAUAAAGUUGUCUUGGAAGCUGUUGUUUCUGGAGAUGUACAAAAUACAGUGGAAGAAGCUUCAGUGUCAUGCACAGUGAAGAAUAUACCUGUAAAUAGUGAGAACAUCACAAAAGGAAAUGUCUCAACCGACACUCCAAACUUGUGGAUUCUUACCCACUAUGUCACCAUUUAUAACGAGACAUGGUUUGAUGGAGAAAAUGUCACCUGCACCGUCCGUGACACAAAUAAUAACAGAGACAUCAAGCAGGAGAUCCAUUUUGAUAAAGGAGAUGGACAGAAACCCACUGUUACCAUUCACAGUCCUGAAACUAACAUCAAUGUCAGCGACAGUGUCUAUCUGGUGUGUGAGGUCACAAGCCAUAGACUGGGUGAUGUCUAUAUCAUGUGGAAAGUGGGCGAAAAGCCUUCCAUAGACACCAGAACCAGUGCUCCUAUUCAUCAGAAGAGCUCCACGUCUGUUAUCAGCAUCCUAACCUUGUCAAAACAAGAGUAUGAAGAUCUCCGAACCGUCUUCACCUGUGCAGUCAUACACGCCAACAUGGAUGAUAUAGGAUCUCCAUUAGAAGUUUCAAUCAGCAAAGCUAAAUUCACACUGAUGCUGAAGCCACCCAUUGAGAGAGAACUAUUUGUCAAUAAUAAAGUUGUCUUGGAAGCUGUUGUUUCUGGAGAUGUACAAAAUACAGUGGAAGAAGCUUCAGUGUCAUGCACAGUGAAGAAUAUACCUGUAAAUAGUGAUAAUAUCACAACAGGAAAUGUCUUUACUGACACUUCAAACUUGUGGAUAAGAAUCCACAAUGUCACCAUUGAUAAAAAUUCAUGGUUUGAUGGAGAAAUGGUCACCUGCACCGUCCGUGACACAAAUAAUAACAGAGACAUCAAGCAGGAGAUCCAUUUUGAUGAAGGAGAUGGACAGAAACCCACUGUUACCAUUCACAGUCCUGAAACUAACAUCAAUGUCAGCGACAGUGUCUAUCUGGUGUGUGAGGUCACAAGCCAUAAACUGGGUGAUGUCUAUAUCAUGUGGAAAGUGGGCGAAAAGCCUUCCAUAGACACCAGAACCAGUGCUCCUAUUCAUCAAAAGAGCUCCACGUCUGUUAUCAGCAUCUUAACCUUGUCAAAACAAGAGUAUGAAGAUCUCCAAACCGUCUUCACCUGUGCAGUCAUACAUGCCAACAUGGACGAUAUAGGAUCUCCAUUAGAAGUUUCAAUCAGCAAAGCUAAAUUCACACUGAUGCUGAAGCCACCCAUUGAGAGAGAACUAUUUGUCAAUAAUAAAGUUGUCUUGGAAGCUGUUGUUUCUGGAGAUGUUCAAAAUACAGUGCAAGAAGCUUCAGUGUCAUGCACAGUGAAGAAUACACCUGUAAAUAGUGAUAAUAUCAUACCAGGAAAUGUCUCAACCGAUACUUCAAAGUUGUGGAUAAGAAUCCACAAAGUCACCAUUGAUAAAAAUACAUGGUUUGAUGGAGAAAUGGUCACCUGCACCGUCCGUGACACAAAUAAUAACAGAGACAUCAAGCAGGAGAUACAUUUUGAUGAAGGAGAUGGACAGAAACCCACUGUUACCAUUCACAGUCCUGAAACUAACAUCAAUGUCAGCGACAGUGUCUCUCUGGUGUGUGAGGUCACAAGCCACAAACUGGGUGAUGUCUAUAUCAUGUGGAAAGUUGGUGAAGAGCCUUACAUAGAGGCCAGAACCAGUGCUCCUAUUCAUCAAAAGAGCUCCACGUCUGUUCUCAGCAUCUUAACCUUGUCAAAACAAGAGUAUGAAGAUCUCCAAACCGUCUUCACCUGUGCAGUCAUACACGCCAACAUGGACGCCAUAGGAUCUCCAUUAGAAGUUUCAACCAGCAAAGCUAAAUUCACACUGAUGCUGAAGCCACCCAUUGAGAGAGAACUAUUUGUCAAUAAUAAAGUUGUCUUGGAAGCUGUUGUUUCUGGAGAUGUACAAAAUACAGUGCAAGAAGCUUCAGUGUCAUGCACAGUGAAGAAUAUACCUGUAAAUAGUGAUAAUAUCAUACCAGGAAAUGUCUCAACCGAUACUUCAAAGUUGUGGAUAAGAAUCCACAAAGUCACCAUUGAUAAAAAUUCAUGGUUUGAUGGAGAAAUGGUCACCUGCACCGUCCGUGACACAAAUAAUAACAGAGACAUCAAGCAGGAGAUACAUUUUGAUGAAGGAGAUGGACAGAAACCCACUGUUACCAUUUACAAACCUGAUACUAACAUCAAUGUCAGCGACAGUGUCUCUCUGGUGUGUGAGGUCACAAGCCAUAAACUGGGUGAUGUCUAUAUUAUGUGGAAAGUUGGUGAAGGGCCUUACAUAGAGGCCAGAACCAGUGCUCCUAUUCAUCAAAAGAUCUCCACGUCUGUUAUCAGCAUCCUAACCUUGUCAAAACAAGAGUAUGAAGAUCUCCAAACCGUCUUCACCUGUGCAGUCAUACACGCCAACAUGGAUGAUAUAGGAUCUCCAUUAGAAGUGUCAACCAGCAAAGCUAAAUUCACACUGAUGCUGAAGCCACCCAUUGAGAGAGAACUAUUUGUCAAUAAUAAAGUUGUCUUGGAAGCUGUUGUUUCUGGAGAUGUACAAAAUACAGUGCAAGAAGCUUCAGUGUCAUGCACAGUGAAGAAUAUACCUGUAAAUAGUGAUAAUAUCAUACCAGGAAAUGUCUUUACUGGCACUUCAAACUUGUGGAUAAGAAUCCACAAAGUCACCAUUGAUAAAAAUUCAUGGUUUGAUGGAGAAAUGGUCACCUGCACCGUCCGUGACACAAAUAAUAACAGAGACAUCAAGCAGGAGAUCCAUUUUGAUGAAGGAGAUGGACAGAAACCCACUGUUACCAUUCACAGUCCUGAAACUAACAUCAAUGUCAGCGACAGUGUCUCUCUGGUGUGUGAGGUCACAAGCCACAAACUGGGUGAUGUCUAUAUCAUGUGGAAAGUUGGUGAAGGGCCUUACAUAGAGGCCAGAACCAGUGCUCCUAUUCAUCAGAAGAGCUCCACGUCUGUUCUCAGCAUCCUAACCUUGUCAAAACAAGAGUAUGAAGAUCUCCAAACCGUCUUCACCUGUGCAGUCAUACACGCCAACAUGGACGAUAUAGGAUCUCCAUUAGAAGUGUCAACCAGCAAAGCUAAAUUCACACUGAUGCUGAAGCCACCCAUUGAGAGAGAACUAUUUGUCAAUAAUAAAGUUGUCUUGGAAGCUGUUGUUUCUGGAGAUGUUCAAAAUACAGUGCAAGAAGCUUCAGUGUCAUGCACAGUGAAGAAUACACCUGUAAAUAGUGAUAAUAUCAUACCAGGAAAUGUCUCAACCGAUACUUCAAAGUUGUGGAUAAGAAUCCACAAAGUCACCAUUGAUAAAAAUUCAUGGUUUGAUGGAGAAAAUGUCACCUGCACCGUCCGUGACACAAAUAAUAACAGAGACAUCAAGCAGGAGAUACAUUUUGAUAAAGGAGAUGGACAGAAACCCACUGUUACCAUUCACAGUCCUGAUACUAACAUCAAUGUCAGUGACAGUGUCUAUCUGGUGUGUGAGGUCACAAGCCAUAAACUGGGUGAUGUCUAUAUCAUGUGGAAAGUUGGCGAAGGGCCUUACAUAGAGGCCAGAACCAGUGCUCCUAUUCAUCAAAAGAGCUCCACGUCUGUUCUCAGCAUCUUAACCUUGUCAAAACAAGAGUAUGAAGAUCUCCAAACCGUCUUCACCUGUGCAGUCAUACACGCCAACAUGGAUGAUAUAGGAUCUCCAUUAGAAGUGUCAACCAGCAAAGCUAAAUUCACACUGAUGCUGAAGCCACCCAUUGAGAGAGAACUAUUUGUCAAUAAUAAAGUUGUCUUGGAAGCUGUUGUUUCUGGAGAUGUUCAAAAUACAGUGCAAGAAGCUUCAGUGUCAUGCACAGUGAAGAAUACACCUGUAAAUAGUGAUAAUAUCAUACCAGGAAAUGUCUCAACCGACACUUCAAACUUGUGGAUAAGAAUCCACAAAGUCACCAUUGAUAAAAAUUCAUGGUUUGAUGGAGAAAUGGUCACCUGCACCAUCCGUGACACAAAUAAUAACAGAGACAUCAAGCAGGAGAUCCAUUUUGAUGAAGGAGAUGGACAGAAACCCACUGUUACCAUUCACAGUCCUGAAACUAACAUCAAUGUCAGCGACAGUGUCUAUCUGGUGUGUGAGGUCACAAGCCACAAACUGGGUGAUGUCUAUAUCAUGUGGAAAGUUGGUGAAGAGCCUUACAUAGAGGCCAGAACGAGUGCUCCUAUUCAUCAAAAGAGCUCCACGUCUGUUCUCAGCAUCUUAACCUUGUCAAAACAAGAGUAUGAAGAUCUCCAAACCGUCUUCACCUGUGCAGUCAUACACGCCAACAUGGACGAUAUAGGAUCUCCAUUAGAAGUUUCAACAAGCAAAGCUAAAUUCACACUGAUGCUGAAGCCACCCAUUGAGAGAGAACUAUUUGUCAAUAAUAAAGUUGUCUUGGAAGCUGUUGUUUCUGGAGAUGUACAAAAUACAGUGGAAGAAGCUUCAGUGUCAUGCACAGUGAAGAAUAUACCUGUAAAUAGUGAUAAUAUCAUACCAGGAAAUGUCUCAACCGACACUUCAAACUUGUGGAUAAAAAUCCACAAAGUCACCAUUGAUAAAAAUACAUGGUUUGAUGGAGAAAUGGUCACCUGCACCGUCCGUGACACAAAUAAUAACAGAGACAUCAAGCAGGAGAUCCAUUUUGAUGAAGGAGAUGGACAGAAACCCACUGUUACCAUUCACAGUCCUGAUACUAACAUCAAUGUCAGCGACAGUGUCUCUCUGGUGUGUGAGGUCACAAGCCACAAACUGGGUGAUGUCUAUAUCAUGUGGAAAGUUGGUGAAGAGCCUUCCAUAGACACCAGAACCAGUGCUCCUAUUCAUCAAAAGAGCUCCACGUCUGUUAUCAGCAUCUUAACCUUGUCAAAACAAGAGUAUGAAGAUCUCCAAACCGUCUUCACCUGUGCAGUCAUACACGCCAACAUGGACGAUAUAGGAUCUCCAUUAGAAGUUUCAACAAGCAAAGGUAAACAGGAAGAAAUGUCCACUAAAAUCACACUGAUGCUGAAGCCACCCAUUGAGAGAGAACUAUUUGUCAAUAAUAAAGUUGUCUUGGAAGCUGUUGUUUCUGGAGAUGUAAAAAAUACAGUGCAAGACGCUUUAGUGUCAUGCACAGUGAAGAAUAUACCUGUAAAUAGUGAUAAUAUCAUACCAGGAAAUGUCUUUACUGACACUUCAAACUUGUGGAUAAGAAUCCACAAUGUCACCAUUGAUAAAAAUACAUGGUUUGAUGGAGAAAUGGUCACCUGCACCGUCCGUGACACAAAUAAUAACAGAGACAUCAAGCAGGAGAUACAUUUUGAUAAAGGAGAUGGACAGAAACCCACUGUUACCAUUCACAGUCCUGAUACUAACAUCAAUGUCAGCGACAGUGUCUCUCUGGUGUGUGAGGUCACAAGCCAUAAACUGGGUGAUGUCUAUAUCAUGUGGAAAGUUGGUGAAGAGCCUUACAUAGAGGCCAGAACCAGUGCUCCUAUUCAUCAAAAGAGCUCCACGUCUGUUCUCAGCAUCUUAACCUUGUCAAAACAAGAGUAUGAAGAUCUCCAAACCGUCUUCACCUGUGCAGUCAUACACGCCAACAUGGACGAUAUAGGAUCUCCAUUAGAAGUUUCAACCAGCAAAGCUAAAUUCACACUGAUGCUGAAGCCACCCAUUGAGAGAGAACUAUUUGUCAAUAAUAAAGUUGUCUUGGAAGCUGUUGUUUCUGGAGAUGUACAAAAUACAGUGCAAGAAGCUUCAGUGUCAUGCACAGUGAAGAAUAUACCUGUAAAUAGUGAUAAUAUCAUACCAGGAAAUGUCUUAACCGACACUUCAAACUUGUGGAUAAAAAUCCACAAAGUCACCAUUGAUAAAAAUACAUGGUUUGAUGGAGAAAUGGUCACCUGCACCGUCCGUGACACAAAUAAUAACAGAGACAUCAAGCAGGAGAUCCAUUUUGAUGAAGGAGAUGGACAGAAACCCACUGUUACCAUUCACAGUCCUGAUACUAACAUCAAAGUCAGCGACAGUGUCUCUCUGGUGUGUGAGGUCACAAGCCAUAAACUGGGUGAUGUCUAUAUCAUGUGGAAAGUUGGUGAAGAGCCUUACAUAGAGGCCAGAACCAGUGCUCCUAUUCAUCAAAAGAGCUCCACGUCUGUUAUCAGCAUCUUAACCUUGUCAAAACAAGAGUAUGAAGAUCUCCAAACCGUCUUCACCUGUGCAGUCAUACACGCCAACAUGGACGAUAUAGGAUCUCCAUUAGAAGUGUCAACCAGCAAAGCUAAAUUCACACUGAUGCUGAAGCCACCCAUUGAGAGAGAACUAUUUGUCAAUAAUAAAGUUGUCUUGGAAGCUGUUGUUUCUGGAGAUGUAAAAAAUACAGUGCAAGAAGCUUCAGUGUCAUGCACAGUGAAGAAUACACCUGUAAAUAGUGAUAAUAUCACAACAGGAAAUGUCUCAACCGACACUUCAAACUUGUGGAUAAGAAUCCACAAAGUCACCAUUGAUAAAAAUUCAUGGUUUGAUGGAGAAAUGGUCACCUGCACCGUCCGUGACACAAAUAAUAACAUAGACAUCAAGCAGGAGAUCCAUUUUGAUGAAGGAGAUGGACAGAAACCCACUGUUACCAUUCACAGUCCUGAUACUAACAUCAAUGUCAGCGACAGUGUCUCUCUGGUGUGUGAGGUCACAAGCCAUAAACUGGGUGAUGUCUAUAUCAUGUGGAAAGUUGGUGAAGAGCCUUACAUAGAGGCCAGAACCAGUGCUCCUAUUCAUCAAAAGAGCUCCACGUCUGUUAUCAGCAUCUUAACCUUGUCAAAACAAGAGUAUGAAGAUCUCCAAACCGUCUUCACCUGUGCAGUCAUACACGCCAACAUGGACGAUAUAGGAUCUCCAUUAGAAGUUUCAACCAGCAAAGGUAAACAGCCAGAAUGUCGAGUCUGUGACCAUGCCAAAUUCACACUGAUGCUGAAGCCACCCAUUGAGAGAGAACUAUUUGUCAAUAAUAAAGUUGUCUUGGAAGCUGUUGUUUCUGGAGAUGUACAAAAUACAGUGGAAGAAGCUUCAGUGUCAUGCACAGUGAAGAAUACACCUGUAAAUAGUGAUAAUAUCAUACCAGGAAAUGUCUCAACCGACACUUCAAACUUGUGGAUAAAAAUCCACAAAGUCACCAUUGAUAAAAAUACAUGGUUUGAUGGAGAAAUGGUCACCUGCACCGUCCAUGACACAAAUAAUAACAGAGACAUCAAGCAGGAGAUCCAUUUUGAUGAAGGAGAUGGACAGAAACCCACUGUUACCAUUCACAGUCCUGAUACUAACAUCAAUGUCAGCGACAGUGUCUCUCUGGUGUGUGAGGUCACAAGCCAUAAACUGGGUGAUGUCUAUAUCAUGUGGAAAGUUGGUGAAGAGCCUUACAUAGAGGCCAGAACCAGUGCUCCUAUUCAUCAAAAGAGCUCCACGUCUGUUAUCAGCAUCUUAACCUUGUCAAAACAAGAGUAUGAAGAUCUCCAAACCGUCUUCACCUGUGCAGUCAUACACGCCAACAUGGACGAUAUAGGAUCUCCAUUAGAAGUGUCAACCAGCAAAGCUAAAAUCACACUGAUGCUGAAGCCACCCAUUGAGAGAGAACUAUUUGUCAAUAAUAAAGUUGUCUUGGAAGCUGUUGUUUCUGGAGAUGUACAAAAUACAGUGCAAGAAGCUUCAGUGUCAUGCACAGUGAAGAAUAUACCUGUAAAUAGUGAUAAUAUCAUACCAGGAAAUGUCUUUACUGACACUUCAAACUUGUGGAUAAGAAUCCACAAAGUCACCAUUGAUAAAAAUACAUGGUUUGAUGGAGAAAUGGUCACCUGCACCGUCCGUGACACAAAUAAUACCAGAGACAUCAAGCAGGAGAUCCAUUUUGAUGAAGGAGAUGGACAGAAACCCACUGUUACCAUUCACAGUCCUGAUACUAACAUCAAUGUCAGCGACAGUGUCUCUCUGGUGUGUGAGGUCACAAGCCACAAACUGGGUGAUGUCUAUAUCAUGUGGAAAGUUGGUGAAGAGCCUUACAUAGAGGCCAGAACCAGUGCUCCUAUUCAUCAAAAGAGCUCCACGUCUGUUAUCAGCAUCUUAACCUUGUCAAAACAAGAGUAUGAAGAUCUCCAAACCGUCUUCACCUGUGCAGUCAUACACGCCAACAUGGACGAUAUAGGAUCUCCAUUAGAAGUGUCAACCAGCAAAGCUAAAUUCACACUGAUGCUGAAGCCACCCAUUGAGAGAGAACUAUUUGUCAAUAAUAAAGUUGUCUUGGAAGCUGUUGUUUCUGGAGAUGUUCAAAAUACAGUACAAGAAGCUUCAGUGUCAUGCACAGUGAAGAAUAUACCUGUAAAUAGUGAUAAUAUCAUACCAGGAAAUGUCUUUACUGACACUUCAAAGUUGUGGAUAAGAAUCCACAAAGUCACCAUUGAUAAAAAUACAUGGUUUGAUGGAGAAAUGGUCACCUGCACCGUCCGUGACACAAAUAAUAACAGAGACAUCAAGCAGGAGAUCCAUUUUGAUGAAGGAGAUGGACAGAAACCCACUGUUAACAUUCACAGUCCUGAUACUAACAUCAAUGUCAGCGACAGUGUCUCUCUGGUGUGUGAGGUCACAAGCCAUAAACUGGGUGAUGUCUAUAUCAUGUGGAAAGUUGGUGAAGAGCCUUACAUAGAGGCCAGAACCAGUGCUCCUAUUCAUCAAAAGAGCUCCACGUCUGUUAUCAGCAUCUUAACCUUGUCAAAACAAGAGUAUGAAGAUCUCCAAACCGUCAUCACCUGUGCAGUCAUACACGCCAACAUGGACGAUAUAGGAUCUCCAUUAGAAGUGUCAACCAGCAAAACUAAAUUCACACUGAUGCUGAAGCCACCCAUUGAGAGAGAACUAUUUGUCAAUAAUAAAGUUGUCUUGGAAGCUGUUGUUUCUGGAGAUGUAAAAAAUACAGUGGAAGAAGCUUCAGUGUCAUGCACAGUGAAGAAUAUACCUGUAAAUAGUGAUAAUAUCACAACAGGAAAUGUCUCAACCGACACUUCAAACUUGUGGAUAAGAAUCCACAAAGUCACCAUUGAUAAAAAUACAUGGUUUGAUGGAGAAAUGGUCACCUGCACCGUCCGUGACACAAAUAAUAACAGAGACAUCAAGCAGGAGAUCCAUUUUGAUGAAGGAGAUGGACAGAAACCCAACGUUACCAUUUACAAACCUGAUGCCAACAACAAUGUCAAUGUCUCUCUGGUGUGUGAGGUCACAAACCAUAAAAUGGGUGAUGUCUAUAUCAUGUGGAAAGUUGGUGAAGAGCCUUACAUAGAGGCCAGAACCAGUGCUCCUAUUCAUCAAAAGAGCUCCACGUCUGUUCUCAGCAUCUUAACCUUGUCAAAACAAGAGUAUGAAGAUCUCCAAACCGUCAUCACCUGUGCAGUCAUACACGCCAACAUGGACGAUAUAGGAUCUCCAUUAGAAGUUUCAACCAGCAAAAGGGAGCCACCAGAGCCGGAGAAGGGCUUUGCUCUGAAUUGUAAUAAAGAUGUUCUGGAGGAGGAUGAGUUCAGAAGUCUCUGGUCCACUGCCACUUCCUUCAUCUUCCUAUUCCUCUUUUCUCUGACAUACAGCGCUCUACUUAGUCUUUUCAAGAUGAAGCACUCAUGAUUUUUAUAAAGAACUUCUGAAGACUCCAAGGUUUCUUAUUCUGAUGUUGAAUCUACAUAAUUUGCCUCUAUUCACACAUUUUUAAAGACAUUGACAAAUAUGUAAUCAGUCUUCACACUCUUCAAUAAAGUCUUAUUGUGUCUAUUCUUUAUUAUUUCAGGUUAUAUAGAUUACUUAAAUAUUUUAUGUGGCCAGAGACAUUAUCUUGCAGUUUCAGUAGAUGUUACAGGGAUAGGUCCUUCAGAACAUAAAAUGUGUGAGUAUUACGUAUACAUACAUACACAGAAAAAAAAAUAGUGAAAUUGCAAAAUGUAAUUAUGUUAUUGCAAUAAAGGAAAAGUCACACAAUAACAUUUUAAAGUAGAAAGACUGAAAUAUUUUCUUUAAAAAAUACU